AUGAUGACUCUCUUUGGAAUAAUGUUGAUACAGGUAUUCGCAUUACUGCAUGUAUUGCAUAUGGCAGAAUGUGUGGAUUUCAUUUAUUAUCUGAAAGAAAGCAAAAGUCCUGGAACUUACAUAGGUGAUAUUGGAGUUGAUACCAAUCUGAUGGACAGUAUAUCCUUGAUAGAUCGCAAUCUAAUACGCUUCAGUCAACUAGAAAAGGACAUAAGUAAUAACUCCCAGCUCUUUAAUGUCUCCAAAAGAGGGAAGUUGUAUACUGCACAGACACUAGAUGCUGAAUCUCUCUGUAAAUAUAAUACAGAAUGCUUCAAAAUGGUAGAUAUUGCUGUAAGAAAGAAAAAAUCUUUCAUAAAAAUAUUAGAGAUUAAAGUAGUUGUAGAAGAUGUUAACGACCAUCAGCCUGAAUUUUUUAGCAAUCAGGUAAACCUUCAGUUUUCUGAAGGAGAUAAGAAAGGAACCACCAGAUCAAUUCCAAAUGCCAUUGACAAGGAUAUUGGUAUGAAAAAUUCCAAAAUCUCUUAUUUCUUGUCAAAAAAUAAAGACAACUUAUUCAGUUUAGCUCUUUCUAAAAGACUUGAUAAUUCAUACUCACUUGGAAUAACCUUGGAAAAAGAACUUGACCGUGAAAUGAAAGAUUCUUUUAUGCUUCAAGUUAUUGCCAGAGAUGAAGGCUCACCUACAAAAGAAGGAAUAUUAAAUGUGAACAUAUCAGUAAGUGAUGUUAAUGAUAACUCCCCUGUAUUUACCCAAAAUGUUUAUAAUGUUUCCGUGAACAAUCAACAUCAGAUUGAAAAACCUGUUAUUACAGUACAUGCAAUGGAUUCAGAUACAGGAAAAAAUAGUAAAAUUUUAUAUCAUUUUAGCUCCAAGACAUCAGAUCUUGUUAAAAAUCAUUUUGAACUAGAUAAGACAACAGGAGAUAUUUUCAUUAAAAAAAAAAUGACUUCAAGGAAAAAGCUGACAUAUAAGUUAUUCAUCGAAGCUCAAGACGGAGGCAGUCCACCGUUAAGUUCUAUUGCUAUGGCUUUAGUAAAUGUUAUCAACCAACAAAACAAUGCACCCACAAUAGAUGUAAACUUCUCAGAGUCAACUGGGAAUACAGCCACCAUUUCUGAGGAUAUUGAAGUUGGCAGCUUUAUUGCUUACGUUAAGGUCACAGACAAUGAUAUUGGACAGAAUGGGGAAGUUACCUGUGACCUUUUCCAUGAAAAAUUUCAGCUUCAGAAUUUAGGCAAAAAGAAAUACAAGUUAACCGUAAAGAAUCCGGUUGAUAGAGAGAAAAAAAACCAUAUUGAUUUUACUAUCACUUGUAAAGACAAUGGAUUACCAUCUCAAAGGACAGAGAGAAAGUUCUCUAUCCAAGUAAUGGAUGUCAACGACGUACAACCACACUUUACUAAAGACACAUUCAAGUUUUUGACAUAUGAGAAUGAAAAGUCAAAUUUUCCUGUUGGAUUCAUUAAUGCUAGUGACCCUGAUCUGGGACUUGGAGGUCAGCUAACCUUUACUUUGUUGAGUAGUGAUAAACAUGUACUGCCUUUUAAGAUUUCUAAUUUUGGAUUUAUUUCUACCACUUUAUCAUUAGAUCAUGAACAACAAAAAAUCUACAAAUUUAAAGUUUUAGUCAAAGACAAUGGAACACCCUCACUAAACAACACUGCAACUGUUAUUGUUGAAGUCAUGGAUGAAAAUGACAAUCCUCCCUAUUUUAUAUUCCCAAGUGUUAACCCUUCUAAUUUAGAUGUUCACUACCAUCCAAAAAGUAAAAAUGAUAUUACAGUUCUUAGGGCCUCUGACAGAGACAGUCAUGUAAAUGCUUUCCUUCGGUUUGAAAUACUCGGAGGUAAUGAAAAACAGUUAUUUACAGUCAACCCACAUUCUGGUAUCCUGUCUUUUUCUCGGCCAGUUUACCAAAAUGAUGCAGGAUCAUAUGAAUUAAAAUUAGUUGUGAAAGACAGUGGCACACCAGUUUUGUCAACAACAACCACUUUAUUUUUAACACUCACUGUUAGCAAUACAACAUCCAAGAUGUUCACAGCUGUAGAUCAACAAUCAGAUGACAUGAUCCACAUAAAUUUAUUCAUAAUCAUUGUAAUUGCAGCUGUAACUGUAUCCCUUGUCCUCGUAGUUUCUAUUACAGUAUGCAUUGUUCAAAGACAUAAUCAAAGGAAUAUCCGGUGUAGUAGUGGUGUAGAUCAUUCAAGCAAAUUUGUGGAUCAAAGUAGACAAACUCAAUAUUUUUGUGAACAAAUGUCAUCUGAUUAUGAUGUACCUGUGGCAAGUUUGGCACGCUUACAAAAUGAAAAAACAUCGACAUUAGGACCAAGAGAAGAGCUUCAUUCUAGACAAGAUCUAACACAUAAAAGGACUAACCUGGCCAUUGGAGUUCCUUGUCAGGCAACAACUGAGGGAAUGCACCAGGCAACUAAGAUACCAGGUCAUAAGAAACUUGAUGAGGCAGCAGUUCACAUCCCAUAUCGCUACAGUGAAACAUCCACACUGUCAGGAAUUGACAGUGGAAGUGGAUGGGGUGAUGAUGGCAGCGGACGCAAGGAAGAGUUGCCAGGCCUUAAGACUUGUCGACCUGGAAUGAACCAAAGUCUUGACAGGAGGACUUUGCCUCAAAUAUUUAGUGGGAAAAAGAAUUUAAGCAUUUCUUCUCAACAUGCUCACAAACUGGAUACUGACACUCACUGUAAUGAUAUAAUUAAUUUAAAAUCUGCCCAGGCCCUUUGCCGGAAUUCUGAAUUAGCAGCCCAGUCUCGGAGUUUACCAGUCAAGAACAGUUUCACCACCUACAGUAAACCUUUACCAGCGAUACCAAAGCUACCAUAUUCCUAGACUUCUUAGACUUGCACUAGCAAGAAAAUAUUCAGGUAACAAUGAUAAAAAUAUUUUGAAUAUUCAGCAGACUUUAAAACAAAAAAGACAAAACAUUAUUUUCAUGUAAUUAGAGACCUGAUUCCAACAAAUCUACCUAAAAACAUUGUAUAACUAUACAAUUUAACAACCCCUUCAUUAUGUAUUCUGUUUCUUAUUGAAAAUAAGAAAAUGUUUUUCAACCAUUUUAACAUUAAGAAAAAAGUUCUAGAGAAUCUGUUUUGAAAUGUAUAUUAGGGAAGUCUAAAAAUAAAUUAUAAAUCUUCAACAGGCAAAAAAGAAAAAAAAAGAAAGAAAGAAAGAAGGAAAAGAAACAUUAGAAAAGAAAUUGUCCAAAAUUUCUUCAAGUUAUCAAUUAUAAAUUCUACUCAAAAUUGGAAAUGCACUAAAGAAAAAAAAACAAAAACAAAAGGAAAGAAAAAGAUUGACAUGUGCAGGCUUCAAUAUAGAUUUAUUUAAAUAACUAAGAAACUUGUAAAAAAAUGUUUGAAUCAUUGUCCAUUUUAUAAAAUUUAAACUUUUCAAGUAUUUAACAUUUUCUAAUUUUCAGAAAUUUGAUGUUUUGCUUGUUAAAAAAAAAAUUGUAAUUAAUCAUAUUUGACAUUGUUUUAUAAUGAACUGAUAUUCAAAUUACUACUACACUAAUUGACUUAACAUUAUUUAUUAACAACCAUUACAUACAUAUUUGACUCUUCUUGGUGUUAAAUCAAUCUGAUGGUUUACUGGUAAGUCACAAUACUUUGGUAUUUGUGACCAUCCAUUUGUUCAAUGAAGAGUAUCUCCACUAAAGGGAUUUUCAACAAUAGAUAAAUUUCCUUCUCAUAUAUGGACCCUGUAUGAAAAAAAAAACCCAAUUUGAUAAGAAAAAUUAUCAAUUGAAAGACACAAAAAUGAACCAAAAACAAUUGACUUAUAUGAUUUAUAUCUUCAAUAUUGAUUUAAACAAAUGUUGUGGAUAUGCAUGUAUAUUUGUGUAUAUUUAUACCAAAGCUAUUUUUUAUUAAAAAGUUUCAAAGUU